GGGGCGGGGGGGGCCUGGCCCCGGGGCGGUGGUGCGGGAUGCCGCCGCCUCCGGGUCGCAUUCGUUCUCCACGGCUAGUACCCGUGUCGGGUGGGUGGCUGGGCGUGGGCCUCGCCCUUCAGCCCCCUCGCCAGGGCUAGCCCGGCUGCGCGGCGCCCGGAGGGGGCCGGGCCGUCCGGUGGGGCCGCGGCCCUAUUCCGCGCAGCGAGCUCGCCCUCUCGCGGCUCCCCGGCCGGGCCGCCGCCGCCCCUCUCCCCGCCCAGAGGCGCCCUGGGGGCACCAUGCAGGCGCAGCAGCUGCCCUACGAGUUUUUCAGCGAAGAGAACGCGCCCAAGUGGCGAGGACUGCUGGUGCCUGCCCUGAAAAAGGUCCAGGGGCAAGUUCAUCCUACUCUUGAGUCUAAUGAUGAUGCUCUUCAGUAUGUUGAAGAAUUAAUUUUGCAGUUAUUAAAUAUGCUAUGCCAAGCUCAGCCCCGAAGUGCUUCAGAUGUAGAGGAACGUGUUCAAAAAAGUUUCCCUCAUCCAAUUGAUAAGUGGGCAAUAGCUGAUGCCCAAUCAGCUAUUGAAAAGAGGAAGCGAAGAAACCCUUUAUCUCUCCCAGUAGAAAAAAUUCAUCCUUUAUUAAAGGAGGUCCUAGGUUAUAAAAUUGACCACCAGGUUUCUGUUUACAUAGUAGCAGUCUUAGAAUACAUUUCUGCAGACAUUUUAAAGCUGGUUGGGAAUUAUGUAAGAAAUAUACGGCAUUAUGAAAUUACAAAACAAGAUAUUAAAGUGGCAAUGUGUGCUGACAAGGUAUUGAUGGAUAUGUUUCAUCAAGAUGUAGAAGAUAUUAAUAUAUUAUCUUUAACUGAUGAAGAACCUUCCACUUCAGGAGAACAAACUUACUAUGAUUUGGUAAAAGCAUUUAUGGCAGAAAUUCGACAAUAUAUAAGGGAACUAAAUCUAAUUAUAAAAGUUUUUAGAGAGCCUUUUGUCUCCAAUUCAAAAUUGUUUUCAGCUAAUGAUGUAGAAAAUAUAUUUAGUCGUAUAGUAGAUAUACAUGAACUUAGUGUAAAGUUACUGGGCCAUAUAGAAGAUACAGUAGAAAUGACAGAUGAAGGGAGUCCCCAUCCACUAGUAGGAAGCUGCUUUGAAGACUUAGCAGAGGAACUGGCAUUUGAUCCAUAUGAAUCGUAUGCUCGAGAUAUUUUGCGGCCUGGUUUUCAUGAUCGUUUCCUUAGUCAGUUAUCGAAGCCUGGGGCAGCACUUUAUUUGCAGUCAAUAGGUGAAGGUUUCAAAGAAGCUGUUCAAUAUGUUUUACCCAGGCUGCUUCUGGCUCCUGUUUACCACUGUCUCCAUUAUUUUGAACUUUUGAAGCAGUUAGAAGAAAAAAGUGAAGAUCAAGAAGACAAGGAAUGUUUAAAACAAGCAAUAACAGCUUUGCUUAAUGUUCAGAGUGGUAUGGAAAAAAUUUGUUCUAAAAGUCUUGCAAAACGAAGACUGAGUGAAUCUGCAUGUCGGUUUUAUAGUCAACAAAUGAAGGGGAAACAACUAGCAAUCAAGAAAAUGAACGAGAUUCAGAAGAAUAUUGAUGGUUGGGAGGGAAAAGACAUUGGACAGUGUUGCAAUGAAUUUAUAAUGGAAGGAACUCUUACACGUGUAGGAGCCAAACAUGAGAGACACAUAUUUCUCUUUGAUGGCUUAAUGAUUUGCUGUAAAUCAAAUCAUGGGCAGCCAAGACUUCCUGGUGCUAGCAAUGCAGAAUAUCGUCUUAAAGAAAAGUUUUUUAUGCGAAAGGUACAAAUUAAUGAUAAAGAUGACACCAAUGAAUACAAGCAUGCUUUUGAAAUAAUUUUAAAAGAUGAAAAUAGUGUUAUAUUUUCUGCCAAGUCAGCUGAAGAAAAAAACAACUGGAUGGCAGCAUUGAUAUCUUUACAGUACCGGAGUACAUUGGAAAGGAUGCUUGAUGUAACAAUGCUACAGGAAGAGAAAGAGGAGCAGAUGAGGCUGCCUAGUGCUGAUGUUUAUAGAUUUGCAGAGCCUGACUCUGAAGAGAAUAUUAUAUUUGAAGAGAACAUGCAGCCCAAGGCUGGAAUUCCAAUUAUCAAAGCAGGAACUGUUAUUAAACUUAUAGAGAGGCUUACAUACCAUAUGUAUGCAGAUCCCAAUUUUGUUCGGACAUUUCUUACAACAUACAGAUCCUUUUGCAAACCUCAAGAACUACUGAGUCUUAUAAUAGAAAGGUUUGAAAUUCCAGAGCCUGAGCCAACAGAAGCUGAUCGCAUAGCUAUAGAGAAUGGAGAUCAACCUUUGAGUGCAGAAUUAAAAAGAUUUAGAAAAGAAUAUAUACAGCCUGUGCAGCUUCGAGUAUUAAAUGUAUGUCGGCACUGGGUAGAGCACCACUUCUAUGAUUUUGAAAGAGAUGCAGAUCUUUUACAACGAAUGGAAGAAUUUAUUGGAACAGUAAGAGGUAAAGCAAUGAAAAAAUGGGUUGAAUCCAUCACUAAAAUAAUCCAAAGGAAAAAAAUUGCAAGAGACAAUGGACCAGGUCAUAAUAUUACAUUUCAGAGUUCACCUCCCACAGUUGAGUGGCAUAUAAGCAGACCUGGGCACAUAGAGACUUUUGACCUGCUCACCUUACACCCAAUAGAAAUUGCUCGACAACUCACUUUACUUGAAUCAGAUCUAUACCGAGCUGUACAGCCAUCAGAAUUAGUUGGAAGUGUGUGGACAAAAGAAGACAAAGAAAUUAACUCUCCUAAUCUUCUGAAGAUGAUUCGACAUACCACCAACCUCACUCUAUGGUUUGAGAAAUGUAUUGUAGAAACUGAAAAUUUGGAAGAAAGAGUAGCUGUGGUGAGUCGAAUAAUUGAGAUUCUACAAGUCUUUCAAGAGCUGAACAACUUUAAUGGUGUCCUUGAAGUUGUCAGUGCCAUGAAUUCAUCACCUGUUUACAGAUUAGACCACACAUUUGAGCAAAUACCAAGUCGCCAGAAGAAAAUUUUAGAAGAAGCUCAUGAAUUGAGUGAAGAUCACUAUAAGAAAUAUUUGGCAAAACUCAGGUCUAUUAAUCCACCAUGUGUGCCUUUCUUUGGAAUUUAUCUCACUAAUAUCUUGAAAACAGAAGAAGGCAACCCUGAGGUCCUAAAAAGACAUGGAAAAGAGCUUAUAAACUUUAGCAAAAGGAGGAAAGUAGCAGAAAUAACAGGAGAGAUCCAGCAGUACCAAAAUCAGCCUUACUGUUUACGAGUAGAAUCAGAUAUCAAAAGGUUCUUUGAAAACUUGAAUCCAAUGGGAAAUAGCAUGGAAAAAGAAUUUACAGAUUAUCUUUUCAACAAAUCCCUAGAAAUAGAACCACGAAACCCUAAGCCUCUCCCAAGAUUUCCAAAAAAAUAUAGCUAUCCCCUAAAAUCUCCUGGUGUUCGUCCAUCAAACCCAAGACCAGGUACCAUGAGGCAUCCCACACCUCUUCAGCAGGAGCCAAGGAAAAUUAGUUAUAGUAGGAUCCCUGAAAGUGAAACAGAAAGUACGGCAUCUGCACCAAAUUCUCCAAGAACACCGUUAACACCUCCGCCUGCUUCUGGUGCUUCCAGUACCACAGAUGUUUGCAGUGUAUUUGAUUCCGAUCAUUCGAGCCCUUUUCACUCAAGCAAUGAUACCGUCUUUAUCCAAGUCACACUGCCCUAUGGCCCAAGAUCUGCUUCUGUAUCAUCUAUAAGUUUAACCAAAGGCACGGAUGAAAUGCCUGUCCCUCCUCCUGUUCCUCCACGAAGACGACCAGAAUCUGCCCCAGCAGAAUCUUCACCAUCUAAGAUUAUGUCUAAGCAUUUGGACAGCCCCCCAGCCAUUCCUCCUAGGCAACCCACAUCAAAAGCCUAUUCACCACGGUAUUCAAUAUCAGACCGGACUUCUAUAUCAGAUCCUCCUGAAAGCCCUCCCUUAUUACCACCACGAGAACCUGUGAGGACACCUGAUGUUUUCUCAAGCUCACCACUACAUCUCCAACCUCCCCCUUUGGGCAAAAAAAGUGAUCAUGGCAAUGCCUUCUUCCCAAAUAGCCCCUCCCCCUUUACACCACCUCCUCCUCAAACACCUUCUCCUCACGGCACAAGAAGGCAUCUGCCAUCACCACCAUUGACACAAGAAGUGGACCUUCAUUCCAUUGCUGGGCCGCCUGUUCCUCCACGACAAAGCACUUCUCAACACAUCCCUAAACUCCCUCCAAAAACUUACAAAAGGGAGCACACACACCCAUCCAUGCACAGAGAUGGACCACCACUGUUGGAGAAUGCCCAUUCUUCCUGAGUUCCUCUGUACUGGGAUGUAUAUUUUCCUAGCCCCAAAUCCAUUGCUGGCAAUGGAUGCACUGAAUGUGCCAGCACUGAGGAGUUAAAAUGAGAACUCCAAACACUAACGACUUUUCUUCAAGAUGCAGUAUAAGACAAUGAAUUUUAACCUAGAUGUAAUUAUAAAGUGAAAAUGGUAUUCCAGUUUAGAAUAUGGAACGACUGACCUAGAGGAAUUGGACAACUGAUUGCACCUGAAAAUCAAGUAAAGGGACUUUUUCUGGCCAAUAGGCUGGAGUCCCCUUUUUGUGAAAUGAUCUUUAUCAUAAGGGAUGGAAAACAUAGUCUGGUGUCCAGCAGGCCCACCUGAUGACCGUUUUUGUAAUUCAAAUUAUGCACUUUUAAAAAAAACUUAAACAGGGAUCUUAAUAUCUUCCUUUGUUUUCCUUUGCUUUACUCUUCUACUUUAGAAUAUUUUCUUAAAAAUCACUCAAAGGACUGUGAGGAAAGGCUGUGGUACCUGACCUUGUUGAAAUCAAGGCCCAGCACUGUACUACAGUCCUGUUUACAGAUUAUUACAGUGAACUGAAUGGGUACCGAGGCUUCACCAAAGAGGUACUUUUUUUGUUGUUGUUGUUGUUGUUUUAGGAAUAAUUAUUAUCAAUUUUAAGAGCAUUCCCCCUCACCUGUCCCCACACACCCAAACAAAAUGUGGUGGUGUUGCCUUCAAAAAAAGAGAAGUUUUGUGUCAUUAACAUGACAGAAGAACUUUAAAAAAAAAAACCAUCAAGUAUUCUAUUUGCAUUUAGAAGACUGUUAAUCUAUGCUAGAUUGUCAUUUUCCCUCCUUCUCCCACAAAAGUUUACUGGUAAUCGAUGUCAUGGCUCAUAUCUAUCCCUCUAACCAUACCAUGGAAAUGCAGGCACCCAAUGUGAAAAGGAGCACUUGCUGGGCAUCACUGACACUGUUCAUGUUUUACUAAUAGUUGAGUAAUCAGCAUAUCUAGAAUUAUCUUGCAUUACCUAAAUCAUAUGUAUAUAGUGAAUGUUAUAUAAUAUACCUGGCAGGUCUGUUUUAAUUUAAUUGAAUAAAGAUACAAAUACUUUGUUUGGCUGGCAUAUAUUAAAUUAUUAUAUGAAGAAAAUGGUUGAUUCUUUUUUCUUUUAGUUGAAAAACACACAAAAACACUAAACAUAAAAGCACGUAUUGUGGUACGCCUUGGUUUCUAGUUCUGGAUAUAUGUCUUAAUCCUAAAGAAUGAUCUAAAGUCACAGUUUGGCAUAUAGAAAGAUAUUUGGUUAGAAUAGGAUGGGUAUCUUUUAAGCAGAACUUUGUAAGUUGUAAGUUCCUAAGCAACAUGUAUACAGUUAAGGUUUAUGUGGAACAUUCUACCUUGCUUGAGGUUUUCUGCUUUAUCAAAUCUAUUCAUAAUAGAACAUCUACCUGCAUCAUUACUAUCAUAAUAUGAUUAUUCAUAAAGUGUGUGUACUAUUCUUCUGAGUCUAACAUAUACUGUGACUGAAAUGCAUGCACCUUGUUGAAGAGAAAACAUUUUAUUAAUCUCCACUAUAACGUCUGUGAAAUGUGCGGUAUUCCAUCCUUAGAGUUAUGUGGUUCAUCAGUGUCUGCGUGUAUCCUCUGAAUAAUGAAACAACAUUUCCACAAUUCUGUUCACCACACCAUUAGAGACAUUUUUAGGAGUGCUGCAACAUGGUGGGAACUUAGUACUUUAAUAAUUUCCUAUAUUUAUUAAAGCGUAAAAUAUACAUCACGAUAGUACAGAUGUAGUCCUUUAAGACCAGAAGGUAUGUUAACUGCACCAUCAUUAAGCAGUCUAUCCUAUAUUCUUAUUUCUUAGAGUUGAAUCCUUUUUGUUCACUAUCUAUACCAUUCCUAUGAUGAUAGCCAUUUUUCUCUUUAUAAAAUAUUUCUUCUUGAAAAGUGUCCUAAAAAAUUAAUUUCAUAUCCCUUCUUGGAUGCAAAGUGUCCAUAAGACCAUCCACUCAACAGUAUUUAUCUAAGCCAACUUACUAGUGCUGCUACAGCUAAUCAUGAUACACCGUCCAGACUCUCCCAGGACUUUUUACCGCGCCAGCCUCGUUGUCCCUAGGAUUUCCCUUUUUAUGUCUCAUGGAUUACUUCUCUUUUUAAUUGCCCCAGGCCCAUUUCAAGUGAGAACCUGAUAAAAGUCACAUUGGACCCCAUUCAAUAUGUCUUUGGCUAAUGUGUUAGUAGCCUUCAAUAAGGUGAUAACCCCUUUUCAAUCUAUCUAUAAAGAGGAAAAAUUCAAAUUUGGAGUUCUAAUCUUAUUUUUCCCAAAGGGAACUAUUCUUCUACCCCAUGGUUCUAGGAGACCACUUCACUGUGCAACAGCUUUAUAUAUGCAUUGUGGAUAGAGGAUAUUUUUAUUCUGAACGGUGACAUUUGGGUAAAAAUAUUUUCUGCAGUGGUAAUUCAUAAGAAAAAUUACAGUUGGAUGCCCUUAGGUGGAGGUGAGAAAACAAUAUCCUCACCUUCUCAGUAUGAAACAUUAACUAGUUGAUAAAUUUUUAACUAGUUGAUAAAUUUAUCCUUGUAACAAAAAUAUACUUGAUGAGGGACCAGAAAUGCCAGAGAGCAUCAUUACAAAAUUCUGCUUUUGAAUCCUGGACAUUACAGGGGGGUGAAUGCAGCAUGACUUUUUGUUAACGACAUUCUAAAACGUAGAACAUUUCUUUUAGAAAUGAAAAUAUUUCAAGGCUGACUUUACUUAGUGGGCUGAUAAUCAAUAUAAAUAAAGAGAAGUUUUUCCCAUCUACACACUUUUUAAAACAGGAACAGAUAAGAAUAUGUGUUUCUAAAUUUAUUAAAAUACUGAGGUUAUUUACUCUUCCCAGUCCUCCAAAUAUAUUUUAAGACUAUACAUUAUCAGGAAGUAUACAAACACUGAGAUUUGGCUUAUUUAAAGGUUGUUGGGCAUCAAGUUAUGUUUAGUAGGUUACUAUUCUCUUAAGGACGCUUUAACGGAUCUGAAUUUAACAAAGAGCAUACCACACUAAUACUACAAUCAACAACAGUCCAGUCAACAAUUACUAUGUCAGCUGGAGGCUAUAUUAUGAUUCUAAAUUUUUAAAGGUUUUUUUCCCUGUCCAUAAAUCAAAAAUUACCUUAUGUAAACCAAAAAUUAGUUGGUAUUUAUGGUCAUUAUCCUAAUUCUCAAGUUUAGCUUACUUUAAAAUCUUGUACUUCAUUGUCUUUUAAUAUGACAAAUUCAGACUUUUAAGUGGCUCAGUAAAAUAAAUGAGGAGUGUCCCAAUUAGUGUUGUACAUAUUGAGGAAAACUUUUUUGUUCCUUCAGAUUUAGAAACAAUUUAACCACUUAUUUCAUGGUAUUCUGCUGCUGUGAAUAGAUUUACUUAUUCUUUUAACAUAUAUUAUAUGACUACACAAGUAUAGGUCCUGUUGUAGUCCACAUUAAUCUUUACCAGUAAAUAAACAUCACAAGGUUAAUACUGGUUUGGCAGAAAGAAUUAUGCAGUAAAAUUAUUUAUAAGGGAACAUGAUGAUUUUAUUCAAUAUUUUUCUUCUUUGAAACAUCUCAUUACUAACUUAUAAAAUUACUUCAUAAUCCCUUAUACAUGAGCCAAUGAAAUAUUUUUUGAGUUCUUAAGCAUGAAGACUAUAUUUAAAAUCUAAACAAUAAAAGCACUUGUAACUCGUUUAGUAAAUUCCAUGCCUUAUUUUCCAUUUUUGACACCGUAAAGUGCAUUUUCUGUCAACUGUGAGCAAAUUUCCCUUUUGCCUUUAAUGAAAAUAGUGCAUUAAGUAGCCAAUUGCUGCAGAAUUAUAAAGCAAGUUAGCUAACGGUGGGUCACAUUGGACUACCACUCAAAGAAACAAGAUACAUAACAGAUGGAAGGUACAUGUGGUGUGGCUUAGGGAGAGCGCACCUGUGCCAGAUGCAUGCCACUUUCAGUAGCUGCCAAAUGUGCCUUUAAUUAAGAACAUCUCUAAUUUUUUUCUUCAGAUCAAGUCAGCAUUUGGGGGCGGGAUUAGGGCAGGGAACUUUGGGGUGCAAAUAUCUGGUGAAACCACCAGAGAAUUUGUCAAAGUGACAUGUAUAGUUUUAGUUGAGAUGUGUUUGUGUAUAUAUGUGUAUUUGCCUUUGUUUAGUAGCACGGUUAUUUGCUAAAAAUAAUUGUCAAAAAAAAAUUGCUCUGUCGGUCUUACUUUGAUGUAAGAACAAAGUGUGGUCUAUACAUCUAAUAUGGCCUUUGUACCUAACCAUGUUCAUAGGUAAUCUUUGUACUCUGUGUGCAGCAGUAUUUGGUUUGCAUUUUAAGUGAAAAUAACGGCUGUUAUUUUUCUGGCAUUACUAAGAUAAACCGAAAAAUAAUAAAGAAAAAUGCCUUACAUA